UUACGCCAUUAUAGGAAACACCGGUUUUUUGAAUGUGUUUUCAUGUGUUUCGUGUGAACGGCAACUGAAUUGCAGAUCAUUUGCAUUAUCUUUGAGACCAAACGAUGGCUAAAUCCAAGAGAAGACAAUCGACGCCCAAAUCCAAGUCACCCAAAGUGGCGAAAUACGAGUCGGACGAAGAGGUGGAUAAGAGUGAGGCCGAGGAGGGAAAGGGUGGUAGUGGUGGUGGCGGUGAAGAGGCGUAUGUGGUGGAGGCGGUCGUCGACAAGAGGCGCCGCAACAACCGCGUCGAGUAUCUCAUCAAAUGGCAGGGAUAUGGAGAUCAAGACAACACGUGGGAGCCCGAAGCAAACCUCGACUGUCAGGAACUCAUUGACGAAUACGAGAAGUCCGUCAAGUCUUCGGCGCAGAAGCCGUCAAAGGCGUCGACAGUGACGGCCAAGAAGUCGCGGCCCGCGAGAGGCGGUGGCGAGUCGUCCAUUAGGGAUGUGAUUGGCUUUGAGCGCGGCUUCGAGGCCGAGAAGAUCAUUGGUGUCACAGAACUCAUAAUCGCCUGCAAUCCAGUGCCGCACAGGCAUCACAACAUUGAGGUGAUGUGGCCGACGCCUAGAGAACCGGAAUCCAAUGAAAUAAACCCAAAUUCUACACAUAUUGUUGUCUCAAAUAAUACGCUGAAUGUCCCGAAUUUGCAUUCAAAUAAUACAGUGGCCGCUAAUAACGGCACCACUAAUUCAAGUGUCUUCCCAGCACCGGUUCCCACACUUUCUGAUGACUAUUGA